AUGUCAGAUGCUUAGCUCUCUCGCCUGACGCUCCUCUCUGGCUCCGCCGGGGUUGGUCUCUGUAAGAAAUAACAGGAGCUGUGGCAGCGGCGAGACGAAGCGGCUCACGCUGGAACCCGAAAAGUCAGGGUGCUCGCGGUUACUCCAACGUGGUCCCAGCCGGCGGUCAGCACCAUGGACAGCGGCGCCGUCCCCACGAACGCCAGCAACUGCACUGACCCCUUCACACACCCUUCAAGUUGCUCCCCAGCACCUAGUCCCAGCUCCUGGGUCAACUUCUCCCACCUAGAAGGCAACCUGUCCGACCCAUGCGGUCCGAACCGCACCGAGCUCGGCGGGAGCGACAGCCUGUGCCCUUCGGCCGGCAACCCUUCCAUGAUCACGGCCAUCAUCAUCAUGGCCCUCUACUCCAUCGUGUGCGUGGUGGGGCUCUUCGGAAACUUCCUGGUCAUGUAUGUGAUUGUCAGGUACACCAAAAUGAAGACUGCCACCAACAUCUAUAUUUUCAACCUUGCUCUGGCAGAUGCCCUAGCAACCAGUACCCUGCCUUUCCAGAGUGUCAAUUACCUGAUGGGAACAUGGCCGUUUGGAACCAUCCUGUGCAAGAUUGUGAUCUCCAUAGACUACUACAAUAUGUUCACCAGCAUAUUCACCCUCUGCACCAUGAGCGUGGAUCGCUACAUUGCAGUCUGCCAUCCUGUCAAGGCCCUGGAUUUCCGCACUCCCCGUAAUGCCAAGGUCAUCAACAUCUGCAACUGGAUCCUCUCUUCAGCCAUUGGUCUGCCUGUGAUGUUCAUGGCAACAACAAAGUACCGGCAAGGUUCCAUAGACUGUACACUAAUAUUCUCUCACCCAACGUGGUACUGGGAAAACCUGCUGAAAAUCUGCGUUUUCAUCUUUGCCUUCAUCAUGCCUAUCCUCAUCAUUACAGUGUGUUAUGGGCUGAUGAUCUUACGCCUCAAGAGUGUCCGCAUGCUCUCUGGCUCCAAAGAAAAGGACAGGAACCUGCGAAGAAUUACCAGGAUGGUGCUGGUGGUUGUGGCUGUGUUCAUUGUCUGCUGGACGCCCAUUCACAUCUACGUCAUCAUUAAAGCCUUGAUCACAAUCCCGGAAACUACUUUCCAGACCGUUUCCUGGCAUUUCUGCAUUGCUCUAGGUUAUACCAACAGCUGCCUGAACCCGGUCCUUUAUGCGUUUCUGGAUGAAAACUUCAAACGAUGCUUCAGAGAGUUCUGUAUCCCAACUUCCUCCACCAUUGAGCAGCAAAACUCCACUCGAAUUCGUCAGAACACCAGAGACCACCCCUCCACAGCCAAUACGGUGGAUAGGACUAACCAUCAGAUCAGAGAUCCAAUAUCAAACCUUCCCAGGGUGUCUGUAUUCUGA